AUGGCUGAUCCGAAUCAGCCACGCGCUGUCAAUACUGCCUUUGCGCCGCCCCCACCUUUGUGGAAGCACUUCACACAGGAGAACCUAAACAGGUUAAAAGAGGUCAAGGCCGAGGCUUCCAAGGACGAGGAUGGACGGCCCAAUCGCAGCAAGCAAUGGUCAUCAGCAGAGUUACGCGCACUUGACUUGCCUCCCGAACUUCGUCUUCUAGUACCACCGGAGAUCCCCACGGGCGAAUACUCAGUGUUCGGUGAAUUGCAGACACUAUCAACCACCUUACCUUCCCUUCAAGAGCAAGGCAUUGAGCAGCUCUACCCUGAACCAUCCACGAAUACCACCCAAGAUCCUUCGCAAUCGUCCCAAUCGCAACAGCCGCUAAGCCACGCCUACUACCUCCUGAAGAUCAGCAAAUCCCUCCUCCUCAACUUUCUCGAGACUGUUGGGAUCUUAUCAGUAUCGCCGGAGCAAUUCGAACCAAAAAUUGAGGAUAUGCGCAACUUGUUCAUCAACGCUCACCAUCUCCUUAACUUGUACCGCCCACACCAGGCCCGUGAGUCACUCAUCAUGAUGAUGGAGGAACAACUGGAGCGAACAAAACAAGAGAUCAAACACAUGGAUAAGGUGAAGACCGAUAUUGAGGGCGCCCUAGCCGAGAUUCAAGCUGAGGGCAGUCGUAUCAGUUCGACGGAAGAAUCGGCAGACUUAAGUAAUCUAGAGUCUUCACGCAAGGCUGAGGAUUCGCGAAUGAUCUGGGAUCUCCUUGAGAAAGAAGGCUGA